AUGGCUCGAAUUGCAGCGCUGGAAGAGAGGGAGUUGGCGGCUGCUUUAUCUAAGGCGAGAGACCACAACACAUGCGCGUCACUAAAGUUUCUCUCUAACUUCUUCUCACUCCUCUGUAUCCCAAUAUAUCUCCCUAUGGCUCUCUUUAGUCAUAAUAUGAGUGUAUCUCUGGGUCUGGAGCAGGCCAUUGGUGAGGGAGUGCAGAAGGAUGGUCGGAAGUCUGGCAACAUAGCCGUAAGGGCGCAAACUAAUGUUCCCGAUAGUGAGAGUGUGCGACUUGUCUGUCUUAUAUCGUCGCUUGUAUGUGCAUAUAAAUCAAGAGAGAUGCUGAAAAUACGACUAAAUAAUCGAGUUUGA